CUUUGUCUCCCAAUGGUACAUAUUGGGAUAUUCCCUACAAUUUAUUUAAAGGUUAAAAAGUCUCGAUAUCCUUUCGAUCGCUCGGUCGAUCUAUUUUCGCCUUAAGACUAAAAGAUUCUGUGCCAGACUUAAUUCUACCCAUGCCAUCGCAAAGAUACUAUGCUGUUGUUCAGGGUCGUUCUCCUGCCCCAGGCAUUUUUCUGACCUGGGAUGAGACGAAGUCUUUAGUCAACGGCUAUCCAGGCGCUAAACAUCAAAGCUUCUCAACCCUUGAUAAAGCUAUCGAAUUCUUGGUCGAAAACAGCGUUCCAGAAGAGUAGAGAGUGAUUCGAGGUGUCUCGAUUGAGAGCGAGAAAGAUAAUCAUUGAUCUUUAUACCCUUGCUGGUGUAAUCAGCACGCCACUUAUGUACCGUUAUCUACAUUAUGGUAUACAUUAAAUUAUGGCUUUGGAGAGGGAGGGCUCGAAAGAUAUUAAGAAAUAUCCGCAAGCAGUGUUCAUUCCUUGUCUCUGCGGACCGUCUAUUUUCAGUUAUAUCGUCGUACACUAUAGC